CAAGGUCGACUUGAUCGAGCGUAAACCAGUCUGCAAUGACGUGUUGGCGGGAAAAUUUUCAGAAGGUUCCAAGCGACUGUAAAGGGAAAUUUUAAGGAAGCCAAUACAAUUUGACACCAAAUGAAAGUGAAAGUUGAAAAUCUAGAACUGAUGUAAACAGCGGCAGAGAUCAAAGACAAGAGACAGACUGAACCAGGCCAUGAAACCAUGUCAGCAGCCAAAAAUAGAUCUCUAGACUGGUCAAGAUGUGCAGAAGGUUUUGCUGACUUCGACAUUGACAGAGGAAAUACUACCAAAAAGAGGGCUGAGCCGGUGAAAAGAAAAUCUUCCGAAUCAGCCUUCAGUCAUGGAAAUAUAUUUGAAAAACUGGCCUUUGGUUAUGAGGAUGAGAAAAGUCAAAGCAUAACAUGGAGUUCAAGUGAAGAUGAGAAAGAAAAAGAAAUAAAGAUCACCCCAGUUGUGAAAAAGACAAAACGUCAGACCACACCAAAGAAGACAGCUUCUGCAAGGAGAUCAACUAGAAGUAGCAAUAGAUCACAGAAAGUACCGUUACCACAUGAUACCGUAGAAAUUAUAGAUUUAGAAGAUGAUGCAGAAAGUGUGCCCACAUCUAAACAAUUCAAGAGUGAAAGUCCUGUCAAGAUGACACAGAAGAAAUCUUUGAGAAGUGAUAGUGUUGAAAUUAUAGAUUUGGAGGAUACAAACUUGAAGGAUAUAAAGUUUAAAAAGAGAUCACUGAAGAAAUCUUUACUAGAGGACAGUCCGGAGAUAAUAGAUCUUGAGAAUGAUUCUGAUAUUGUACCUACAUCUCAGCCAACACAGGAUGCCACCUCUGUGAAAUCUGAGGAUUUGAUUGGCAUUAAUGAUUAUGACUCUGAUUUGGAGAUAGAGAAAGGUGAAAGGAAGUCUUCUAAAGCCAAGGAUAUUAAAGAAUCAGAAAGCCAGGUUUCAAUAUAUGAGGACAGUUCCCAGAAUUCCACAUCUCCUGAUACCCAGACUUGUACAGGAGUAAAGGCUAGUGAUUGGCUUAAGUCCUUACAGCUAAAAACUCCAAGUAAAUCUGAUUACCAGGGAGAGAAAUUAGAGCCGGAGGAUUCAGCAAAGAAAAGAAAGAAACAUUCAAAGGGCGGCUUAGCAGAACAGUUGAGCAGACUUCAGUCCAGGGAUAAAUCAGCUGUAAGAAUGUGGUAUCAUCAACAAGGAAAACCAUCUGCUUCACAGGAUUCCAAAUCCAUACAACUGGAAGUGGUGGGGUAUGAGAACCUUUAUUCUAUGCAGCUGGUGAAAUGUGUUCUUUAUAAGACCCCUGAGGCAAAUCAACUAGGUAAUGAUUUGAAAGACAAAAAUGCAGGUGAAGAAAAGGAGGAUAAACUGCUCAAAUCAAAAAACACGCCACAUGACAGAGAGUCUGAGGAAAAACGGCUUGUCAUGUUCCCAGCAAGUCAGUCUGAGCAGCUGAACCUACAGAUUGGAAGCCGAUUUAAGAUUUUUCCACCAUGGCAGCAGCUGGAGUUGAAUGACGGGCAGCAGAUACUGUUGUGUACAAAGUACUGUCAUGUUGUACAACAUCCUGAUGUUACUCCCGUAAACAUACCUAGAAGUGACGUCAAGCUGAAAGAUGUUGUGUCAGCAAAGUGGAAUUGCCCAUGUGUUCAAGGUUUAUGUCGCAGUCAGACACUUUGUCCAGCGUAUCAGUUUCCAGCUAUUCCUGGACAGUUUCAGGAAACUGUUCCUUCUCAAGAGGGUACCUCAGCUCAGGGAAAAGAUUCAAACUCAAACUUGCUCAAGUCAUCAGAUAAACCUCCCACCACUCAUUUAUACACAGUCUCAUCUAGACCAUAUGACUCAAUAUCUGAUACAUGUAGAAGCUUGAAAGAGUCAGGCAAUUUUGACUCCUUAUUGAAGAGUAUAGAAGCUUGCCGGACAGCUGUAGAUGGUGGGGGAGAUGGGUACAGUGGAACUGUAUCAUUUAGUGGCCAUGUGCAUAGGGCAGUUACUGUAAGAAAUGGCAGUUCUAAAACAAGGUGUCACUUGUUGGUAGAGGACAAGUUUGGAAGCAUAUGCGAAAUACAGCUAUCUACCAAAUCCCUGACGAAGGCUGGCUUAAGUGCAAGCUCCUGUGAGAGCAAAACCUUCAGGUUUUCUGGUCUCACUGUUCAUGGUAGAUUUAUCAGGGAUAGACAUGAGAAUUUGUUUACUAUGGUCGACAGUGUCUGGUCAGGCAAAUGCCUGGUUGAUAGUCAAGAUAGCUCAGAGUCACAAAAUAUACUGGUGAGUAUACUACAUCAGAAAUAA